GGAAAAUGUAGAGAGGAGAAGUCGCGGAAGGUUUUGAAAGGACAGUGUUUAUAAAUGCCUUGUAACGAAAACUGAACUGACAAAAAAUUAAACAUUACAAAUCUGGUUCUUCACCGCCACAGGGUCGAGGUAGGCGCUGUAUUUAGUGGGGAACCUGGCGUUUUCUGUCGGCAGCCUCAGACGAGCUUUUGCUUUUGUUUCUGCUGCUGCUGGACUUUGCAGAGCUCAUUACUGAGACCAGUCCCAGUCCCAUUCCCAGUCCUAGUCCCAGUCCCAUUCCCAGUCCUAGUCUCAGUGGAUAUGGAUCCAGACGUGCAGGAGAGCGCGGAGACCCAGCAGAGUGGCUCUGCAUUAGUGACUGCGGUGUCCUGCCAUGACAUUUUUGACCUGAGUGCCUGCCAAACAGAUUCCAGUCCACUGGCAAAAGGUGCAGCCUUCUCCUUCAUCAAUGCUGUGCAAGCAGUCAAUCAAAGACUUGUGAAGCAUAAUGCAAACGAGAUGUUGCGGUUUGAGGUGAUCCUGCUUGGAAAAGACUGUGAAGAGCAAAUCAAAUCAAAGAUAUUUGAUAGUGCAAAACAUUACGGUUUAAAGAUUGGCAAAUUUUACUUCUGCUCCAGAGGGGAAUUUGUAAGGACACUGCAAGCAAACAAUGCAAAGUUGUUCCUGUCAACAGAUAGAGAUGAUGUUUAUGGUGCCCUAAAAGCAGGUGUUCCUGCUGCUUUGUUGUGCCAGCAGGCAGACCAGCAGGUCCAGGAGCAGCUGAAGGUGCUCUUCUCAGGAGAUCUCAUUGGCCUUUCAGAAGAUGUCAUAGACGGUCUUAAAGAUUUUGGCUUCAGUGCUGUCCAGAUACAGAACUUCAAAGCAGCAAAGGGUUGCAUUCAAGAAUUUGCAGCGCUGAUUGGUGAGAUGAGGAAAAGGUUUGGGUGUAAAGACAGCCCUCUCCAGACCAUCCUCAUCACAGUGUUGGGAUCCAGAGAUGUCUGUGCCACAGCGCUGAAGACCCUCCGAGGCUGGGGCCUGGAUGUAGAUGAAGCCUUCUGCCUGGCUGGAGCCCCUCGCAACCCCAUCCUAACCACAAUACAACCCCAUAUACUGUGGGAUGAUGGACUGCAUAAUAUGAAGGGUGUGUUACCUCUUAUGGAUAUGAGCAGUUAAGACUCCCAGGUGAUGGAUUUACCUUUUCAGUGUAACCUUCUGGUGCUUUUUUAGGUUCUGGUGUUACAGAAUGAAUAUCUGGUGUGAAAACAACUCUUGGAAUCAGGAAAUAUUACGUGUGGCUAGACUAAUUUGAUUUUAAUGUUGAAAUACAGUGCAAUAAAACAAUAGCUUUAUAAACAAUAUCGUUUACAUGUGAAA